UAUCUAAAGAGAACAUAGUAACUGUUAUGUCUUGACUUUUCUGCAAUGUAUUUCCACUAUAAUCUGUAUGCGCGUAUGCCGUACGUACACGUAACCUAAGAAAUUUGUCGUGAAUCGCAUAUUUCGCACGGUGCGAUUACACGUCAUUACUCAGCUGACAGAGACUUGUGAGCAACAAUCGUACCCUUAACGGCAAGGGCUGGCAAGGGCGACAUUAGAAGACACGUUAAAAUGUCAGACGUGACAAAUUGGUUUAGUACCUUGCCGAUUUUUACAAGAUAUUGGUUAUUGUGUACCAUAGUGUUUACACUACUUGGUCGGUUUGGAUUUCUGAGUCCGCAUUCGCUGAUACUAUGGCCCGAUCGGUUCAUUAAUAAUUUUGAAAUCUGGCGAGCGGUGACCAGCGUCUUCUACUAUCCACUCAGUCCUGCCACGGGUUUUCAUUUCCUGAUCAACUGUUAUUUCUUGUACAAUUAUUCGUUGAGGUUAGAGCGUGGGGAAUACGAUGGAAAACCUGCUGAUUAUUGCUUCCUCCUGCUAUUCAACUGGAUAUGUUGCGUUAUCAUCGGACUUAUCGGUGAUUUUUCUCUGCUCAUGGAUCCUAUGGUGCUCAGUGUAUUGUAUGUAUGGUGCCAACUCAAUAAGGAUGCAAUCGUAAACUUCUGGUUCGGCACACAAUUCAAAGCCAUGUAUCUACCAUGGGUCUUAUUUGGCUUUAACUUGAUCAUUUCUGGCGGUGGAAUGAUGGAGCUGUUUGGCAUUCUAGUUGGACAUCUGUAUGUCUUCUUGAAAUUCAAGUAUCCCCAAGAACUUGGUGGCCCAGAAUUACUCAAUACUCCAAAGAUACUCGAAAGUUAUUUUCCACCUCAAAGAAGUGGGAUUCGAUCAUUUGGAAGUGCACCGACAAAUAGGCCAGCUGAAGGACAAAAUGCUCAAGGAAGAAAUAUAUUUGGGGGACAUAAUUGGGGAAGAGGUCAUGUAUUGGGUCAAUAGUUAGAAAUUUUUUUCUCACAAAAUCACUGAAAAUACAUGAUAAAAAUUUUCUAUUUUAAUAUAUAUUCAUUUUGCGACUUAUAGUUAACAUGCAAGAACAAUACUGAUUUCUUGAUGUCUGUGUUACCGAUUCUUCCAAGUAUCUCUUUUUGUAAACUAUUACAUAACUUCAAUAAUUAAACUAUAAAACGUAUA